AAAAUGAAACUGAUUACAACUCAGGCAGACUGAAGGCAAUAAGAAAAAAUAAGGACUUCAUUUUAACAUUUUGACAUGUCAAGAAUAGAUCGGAUGAUGAAAAUAUCAACUAUACGAAUGAUAUUAUUUACAAAUAUGCUCUAUUUUACACUUGCAUGGUAUCCUCCAAAUCAUGCGAUGCCUAAGAACACUAAUGAUCAUCAUUUUCAUCGUUCAGUGUUGUAUGAAUCUAAUCGUGGGUAUACUAAUUCACAGUAUGCUGAUGAACCAAGUGUAGAACAAGUUAAAACUGUUCAAUAUCAUGGUAAUAAGUAUAUACAUGUUCUCGGUUUGAAGUUACCUUACUAUCAAGCUGAAAGUUAUUGUAAUCAAGCAUUUCCGUCAGAAUCACAUUUAACAUCUAUACAAUCAGAAGAUGAAUGGAAAAUACUAUCAAAACACUUUGGAUCAAGCGAACCAAAUAAAAUAUGGUUAGGAGGAUUUGCGGAACUCGUCAGUUAUCAAUAUGUUGUUCUACGAUGGAUAGAUCGAACACCUUUUGAAUACAAUCGAUUUUCACUGAGUGAAAAAGAACGCUGGCGACAAAUCCUACAAAAAACCUUCCAAGGUUGUAUUGUCAGUGAUAUACAAAAGAAUGGUCAAGGUGAAUGGAGUCUUCAAUCUAUGCCAUGUGAUGAACCAAAAGAAUUCAUUUGCAAAGAAACUAAUUCCUAUAAUCCAAUGAAAUUGUUGCCUUACAACCAGCUAAGAUCACGUAAUUAUAGAAAACCACAUCAAUCACAUGUUAUGCAUAAACACAGAGAACCUUCAUUCAGCAUUUUACCAUUGUCUGACGAUAAUCAGAAAGUAAAAGUGCCAAUGCCUAAAAAGCUAGUUAUCGCAAAAGUGUCUAAUGAACAGGAAGUGCCACUGCCAACAGUUAAUACACAAACGACACAAACUGUACCGACACCGCUUCAAGUUCAACCAACUCCUACCAAUAAAACACUGCCGAACCCUAGACAUCAUAAACAUCGAGUUCCCUUGAAGGUACACCACAACAAGAAGACGAUGAUGACAACGAAUAAUACUGCUGACCAGGAUACAAAGAAACCGGACACCAAUAUUGACAAGAAUAAGAAGAGGGUGAAAUUUAUUAUCAUCGGUCCUAAUGGUCAAAAAACAGAAGUACUAGAAAACAAUAUUAAUCUUCAACCUGGACAAAUUUUAGAGCCAGGCACAUUGAACACUAAUUCUGGACCACUUACAAUUUAUCUUCAAGGUGUUUCUGUGCCAGGGAAUUAA